AUGAGUAAAGAAGAACGACAAUCGCUGCUACAUGAAGGUUCAGGUCCUGCGACAAUGACUGCCUAUGUAGAGAUCACAUUUGACAACACAGACAAUCGAUUUCCAACUGGCAAAGAUGAAGUCGUUCUGAGGAGGACCAUUGGUCUCAAGAAGGAUGAAUAUUCGCUAGACAAGAAGAGUGUCACCAAACAAGACGUCAUCAAUCUUCUGGAGGCUGCUGGGUUCUCACGAUCCAAUCCAUACUACAUCGUGCCUCAAGGACGAAUAACCAUGCUCACAAACGCCAAGGACGCAGAGAGGUUGCAGCUACUUAAGGAUGUAGCAGGCACUCGUGUUUAUGAGCAAAGGAGGCAGGAGAGUUUAAAGAUUAUGGACGAAACUGAUGCAAAACGAGCCAAAAUCAAUGAACUUCUGGAAUACAUUCAAGAACGUCUCACUGAACUAGAGACUGAAAAGGAAGAACUGGUCCAGUUUCAAGAAAAGGACCGAGAAAGACGAUGUCUCGAGUAUUCAGUCUACCAUCGUGAUCAAACUGAAGUCAAUAAUCAGCUGGAACAGCUCGAAGAAGACCGUCGCUCAGAUGCAGAAGGAGCUUUUGAGAAGCAGAAUGCAUUCAAUGAUCGAGAAAAGCACAUUGCUGAAAUCGAAAAGGAGAUUAAGGCGUUCCGUAUUGAUAUGGCUGAUCUCAAGAAUGAAAAGCAACUUCUCGAUGACGAUUUGCAAGAGUAUGUUCGCACUCAUGAACAUACGACAUUGGGUCUCGAUGAGUUGGUCGAGAAUGCUCAGCACGGGCAAGAACGAAAGCAACGAGUCACAAAUGAACUGAGAACUGUAAACGCUGAGAUUCAAGUCAAAGAAGCUUCAAUGGCCGAUUUAUUGCCUCGAUUCACAGCAGCUGCAGCUUCUGAACAAGAAAUGCGGGAAAGGCUAGAGACGUUAGAGUUAGAACGAGAUGCUCUCUAUGCCAAACAAGGUCGUAAUGCUCAAUUCAAAACUCAAGCUGCUCGUGAUGAAUACCUCAAUGCCGAAAUCAGGGCUAUAACGAACAGCAUCACUGCUCAAACUUCUCAAAUUAAGCAAUUGGAGCAAGAUAAGAUCGAUACUCAAAAGCAAAUUGGAAUAUUGGAUGAAGCCAUCAAGGCACUCAAAGCUCGAGUCGAAGAUAUUUUAACAGAGACUGUUCGAUUUGAGGCUGAUGUUGAAAAACUACAAACUGCUCUCACAGAAUUGGACGAACACAAGAGGGUAUUCUGGCGCGAGCAAGCUAAAGCUACUCAAGCCGUUGCCCAGUGUGUUGAUGAAAGGCAAAAAAGUGAAAGAGCACUGAGUAGUACCAUGCCAAGAGAAAUCGGCGAUGGUAUCAGAGCCAUCAAACGAAUUGUUGAGCAGCGCGAUAUACCUGGUGUUCACGGACCCAUAUAUCAGCUAUUUGAUGUUGAUGAGAAGUAUCGUGUUGCAGUCGAAGAAGUUGCUGGCAAUAGUCUGUUCCAUGUGGUGGUUGACAAUGAAAACACUGCACAGGUUCUUCUUGAUGCUUUGAACAAGGAGAGAUCUGGAAGAGUUACCUUCAUACCUCUCUCUCGUGUUCGAGCCAAAGAUUCUACAUACCCAGACAGCAGGGAUGCUGUGCCCAUGAUUCGAAAGCUGCAAUAUGAGGCCAAGUUCGCACCCGCUUUUAAGAAUAUAUUUGGAAAAGCCAUCAUUGUACCUUCAUUGGAAAUUGGAGCACGAUUUGCCAAGAGCCAUUCAUUACAAGCUGUGACUCUAGAUGGUGAUAGCGCGAAUCGUAAAGGAGCACUGACUGGUGGAUGGCACGACACGAAACGAUCAAGACUUGAAGCUGCCAAAGCCGUCAAAGGCUGGCAAGAGAAACUUGGAGCAGCAGAAGCUCGACAAGAGCAGAUUGACAAAGAUCUUGCUCUUCUCGAUCAAAAAAUUAAUACCCAUCGUGCUCAGCUUGCUCAAUUGCAGGCUCAACGUACCCAGAUGUCGAAUUCUGGUACUACUAGUGCCUCGGAAGCUUAUGAAAAGGGUAAAGAGAUGGAUGCGUUGGUGAACUCGGUUGAUGCCAUUGAACGAUCCAUUCGGGAUUUGACGAAUAGUACUCGCAAUUACAAGAUUCAACGAGAAGCUCAUCAGAAAGAGCUUCAAGUGCCAUUAAGUCGCAAUUUGACUGAUGUAGAAACACGUCGUCUUGAAGAGUGUACGACUGAAAUUGAUAAAUUAGAAGUUGAGAAAGCUAAUAUGAUGAAGGCCCGACUGCAGCUGGAAAUGCAAAAAGUGGUACUCGAAACAGAAUUGACUGGUGUCAAGAAACGACACGAAGAGCUUACGCAACGUCUCUCCAAACUCACUGUGGAGUCUAAUGUAACUCGCGUUGAAGCUGCUAAACGAGCUGAAUUGGAAAAGUUGAACAAGAAGAUUGCUGAUACUCAAGCUCGUUUGGAGGAAAUUGAUCAAGAGGUUGAUGCUAUAGUGGAGGCAAUGGAAGACAAGCAAGAGGAUCUUGAGGGAGCCAAAGCCAGGCAAACUGAAGACCACAAGACAUUGGAACGAACUCAACGUUCCCUUGAAAAGUAUCUUGCUACAAAAGCAGUGUUGCUCAAACGAAAGGACGAAUGUGUCAAGAACAUUCGAGAUUUGGGUGUCUUGCCUGAAGAAGCUUUUGAAAAGUAUCGUGAUGCUCAGCCUGCCAGGCUUCUGAAGAAACUUCAUAAAGUCAAUGAGGACCUAAAAAAAUUCUCGCAUGUCAACAAGAAAGCCCUUGAGCAAUACAAUUCAUUUACUCGACAACGAGAAUCUUUGGAUAAAAGAAAGGAGGAAUUAGAUACUUCGUCAAAGUCUAUCGAAGAUCUAAUCAAGAAGUUGGAUCAAAGGAAGGAUGAAGCUAUUGAACGGACAUUCAACCAAGUUGCAAAGUUCUUUGGAGAAGUAUGGGAGAAGCUUGUACCUGCUGGACGUGGUGAGCUCAUCAUAUUGAGGUCUGAUGAUCAGACCGACGCUAUGGAUGAAGACGACGAGGAAGAUGCACCAACAAAGUCAAUAGAUAGUUAUACUGGAGUAGCCAUCAGUGUAUCCUUCAAUUCACGAAAGGAUGAAGGAUUACGAAUGAAUCAGUUAUCUGGUGGUCAAAAGUCAUUGGUGGCUCUAGCUCUCAUUUUUGCUAUUCAGCGAUGUGAUCCAGCUCCCUUUUACCUCUUUGAUGAGAUUGAUGCUGCUCUUGAUGCUCAGUAUAGGACUGCUGUAGCAAGUAUGGUUCACGAGUUGAGUGAAACCGCACAAUUCGUGACUACGACAUUUAGACCUGAAUUGUUGGUUCACGCCGACAAGUUUUAUGGAGUCAUCUUCAACAAGAAGGUGUCGACCAUUCAAGUCAUCACACGCGAAGAAGCUAGCGGGUUUGUGGACUUGGAGCAACCACAGUAG